GCAGGUCUCCCCUGGUGAUGAAGAGGAACGGGAUGUGCUGGUGGCUUGUCACUGUCCUGGGGGUGCUGAGCAGCCCCGGUGCAGGGGCCGGGAGCUGCGGUCCCCGGGGGCACGGGACACCAGGAUGCGCCCCCGGAGAGGAGCCCACUGGGGAAUGUGGCUCAGUGGGGAGGUGCCGAGCUUGUCCCCCCGGCACCUUCUCACGGGGGGACACAUCCUGCUCCGCUCACACCCACUGCCGGGAUGGGAACAGGAUCCUGGUGGCUCCGGGCACCGCGGGCACCGACAGCCGAUGCGGAUCCUGCCUCCCGGGGUUUUACAGCCCUGAAGGGGAGAAGGAGCCCCGGGGCCGGUGCCUGCCCUGCGCCAGCGCUCCCCGCAGCACCCCGGGGUGCCGAGGCCGGCGGCGAGUCCGCAGCCCUGAAGCCCUGGAGCAGCCGGUGGGGACCAACGGGACAUGGGUGGCUCUGAGGGGUGAGGAAGAGGAGGAGGAGGCAGCAGCAGCACAGGCGGCCGUGCUGACCAUCGUCCCGGUCUUCUGUGCCAUGGGGCUGCUGGGCAUCCUGGUCUGCAACCUGCUGAAGAGGAAGGGUUACUACUGCACCACCAGCAAGGAGCCCCAGCCCGGAGCCACCGGUCCCAGCUCCAUCUACCCGCUGGAGGAUGCCAAUGAGGACACCAUCGGGGUGCUGGUGCGGUUGAUCACUGAGAAGAAAGAAAACGCUGCAGCGCUGGAGGAGCUGCUGAAGGAGCAUCACAGCCAACAGCCACCGGGCUGCGCCCCCCCAGAUAAGCUGCACCUCCUGCCUCAGUUUCCCCCCUCCUGCCAGCACCAGCAGCACCUCCACACAGUGCAGGGCCCAGCCCCGUGCGCCCGCUGCAGCCAGAAGUGGCCCGAGGUGCUGCCACCGCUCAGUGCCACCCAGGGCCCCAAACCCGGGGGUCGGCCCACUGAGGUCACCAUCCUCUCUGUGGGCAGGUUCCGCGUGUCCCGCAUCCCGGAGAUGAGGAGUGAUGCAGGGGGUGAAACCCACCAUGGACCCCUGCCCACCGGGGGUGGGAUGUGGUUGAGGAGCACCGAUGGCCCCCCCAAGCUGGCACCAGGCCUGGGGGCUGCCUCGGGGGGACGGUGACACCCACAAAGACCCCACGGAGGGGACAGAGGAUGCUGGGCACCGUGUGAAAGCCAGUCCUGUGUGGAGCCAUGAAGUGCUGGAGGCGGCAGCGUGGCUUCUGCUCCUGCCACCAAGGUGUCCAUGAGGAGCGUGGCAAACCCAUCGUCUGACCCAGCUGGUGAGAAGGAUUCCCUGUCCCCAAGGACUGGUGGUGGCCAUGGCACGGUGGGCUGAUGGAGAGCACCUCUUGGAGCUGCAACACCGGUGGUGGUGGUGGCCGUAUCGUGGUCCCCUGAUGGAGAGCAUCUCUGGGAGCCAUGAUGCUGGUGAUGGUGGCCACAUCGUGGUCCCGUUACGGACAGCAUCUCCUGGAGCUGCAGCACUGGUGGUGGUGGCCGUAUCAUGGUGAGCUGAUGGAGAGCAUCUCUGGGAGCCAUUGAUGCUGGUGAUGGUGGCCACAUCGUGGUCCCAUUAUGGACAGCAUCUCCUGGAGCUGCAGCACUGGUGGUGGUGGCCAUAUCGUGGUCCCCUGAUGGAGAGCAUCUCUGGGAGCCAUUGAUGCUGGUGAUGGUGGCCACAUCGUGGUCCCGUUAUGGACAGCAUCUCCUGGAGCUGCAGCACUGGUGGUGGUGGCCAUAUCGUGGUCCCCUGACGGAGAGCAUCUCUGGGAGCCAUGAUGCUGGUGAUGGUGGCCACAUCGUGGUCCCGUUAUGGACAGCAUCUCCUGGAGCUGCAGCACUGGUGGUGGUGGCCGUAUCGUGGUCCCCUGACGGAGAGCAUCUCUGGGAGCCAUGAUGCUGGUGAUGGUGGCCACAUCGUGGUCCCGUUAUGGACAGCAUCUCCUGGAGCUGCAGCACUGGUGGUGGUGGCCGUAUCAUGGUGAGCUGAUGGAGAGCAUCUCUGGGAGCCAUUGAUGCUGGUGAUGGUGGCCACAUCGUGGUCCCAUUAUGGACAGCAUCUCCUGGAGCUGCAGCACCGGUGGUGGUGGCCAUAUCGUGGUCCCCUGAUGGAGAGCAUCUCUGGGAGCCAUGAUGCUGGUGAUGGUGGCCACAUCGUGGUCCCGUUAUGGACAGCAUCUCCUGGAGCUGCAGCACCGGUGGUGGUGGCCGUAUCGUGGUCCCCUGACGGAAAGCAUCUCUGGGAGCCAUUGAUGCUGGUGAUGGUGGCCACAUCGUGGUGCCCCUGAUGGAUAACAUCUCUGGAAAGCCAGGAUGCCAGAGCACAGCCCCAUUGGAGACACCAUGCAGUGGAGGAUGUCGUGCAGCUGGGAUGCCAUGCCAUGGUCACCUUGGUCUGUUGAACUGAAGCCUCUCCAGGAACACCACGAGCUCUUGAUUUCCCUCCAUCACGAGGUACCAGCACUCCACACUGCAGUCUAAUGACAGUCUGUGGACCACGGAACAGCUCCCACCUUACAACAAGCCACCCAGGGCAUGGGCUGACCUGGCCAAAAGCUGGUCUCCUGCAUGGACAUCUCUAUCCAAGGUCUCAAUCGACCCAGGAGAUCCACUCUGCUCACCAUGAAGCUCACACACUCCUCUUAGAGGACCACACUGACCUCUUCGAUGGCCACGUUGGGCUCAGCAGAACGACCCACCCAAGGUUGAGUUGGUGACCACCAAGCUCCACAACCACCCUAGGAAUGGGUUUAUGGCUGCUCCCAUUCACUUCACCCCCUCACCACCAAAAAAAAAACCAACCACAGCCCCCUCUUGGGCUCUUUUAUUUAUUUUUUAUCUCUUUUUGUUUUUUGGAAACAUGUUCAUAGGUCUCCAAUGUUCUACAUCUUACAGGAAAUAUCAGACAGUUACAAACUUGGGGGGGGGGGGGGGAGAUCACGACCUGAUCUUCAGAACCAAAACCAGAACAAACCCCAAAACCAGGGAACUAAACCCAAAUGGACACUCUCAGAUGGACAAACCGAGGCUGGGGACGCAGGGAGGGGGCUCUCCAGGGCAUCACUUCAAGGCCAUGCUCCCUCCACACCUUUGAGACUUGGAAGACAUGGUUACUCCUGGGUUUUGUCUUUAUUUCUCUUACUUUUUGGUAUUUAUGGUAUUUAUUUUUUGCUUAAGAGGUCAAAUACUAUUUAAAAAUGAGCUGGUUUGGGGG